AUGCGAAACCAGUACCUCAAUCUCCAAAUUCCACCGCCGGACACUGCGUUCGGCCUCAUGGCCGACUUCGAUGCAGACCCUCAUCCAAACAAAGUAUCUCUCGUGGCCGGUGCAUAUCGCGAUGAAAAUGGGAAUCCCUGGGUCCUGCCCAGUGUACGGAAUGCAAAAGCACAGCUUAGGAAGGUCAACCACGAAUACCUAGGCAUAGCAGGCUCACCCGGUUUUCUCAAGCUCGCAAAAGAUCUCAUCUUCGGACCUCUCAGCUUCAAACUUGGUACCAAUGUUGCCUCAAUUCAAACAGUCUCCGGGACAGGGGCAAAUCAUCUCGCCGCUGCAUUUCUGGCCCGGCACCUGCAGCCAAAGCGUGUAUUUAUCCCGUCGCCAACGUGGAUCAACCACCGCUCGAUAUGGGAGAUGACCGGUGUCAACGUUGCUGAGUAUCGUUACUAUUGCCCUACAACGAAAGCUGUUGAUCUAGAAGGUAUGCUGGCUGCUCUGGAAGGCGCCGAGCGAAACGACGUCGUCGUCCUGCAGGCCUGUGCGCAUAAUCCGACUGGGGUGGACUUGACAAGAUCCCAGUGGGUUCGAGUGGCACAAUUAAUCCGUGACAAAGGGGCAUUCGCCGUUUUCGACAGUGCCUACCAGGGCUUCGCGACUGGCGACGUCGACGGCGAUGCUUGGGCUGUUCGGCAUUUCACAGAGAUGAUCCUAAGUACCAGCAGCCAUCCUGGUCUAUGCGUAGCCCAGUCGUUUUCGAAGAACUUUGGACUGUAUGGUGAGCGUGUUGGUGCGUUGCAUCUUGUUGUUCCGCCGCAUUUGUCGGCGCAGGGGGCUCGUGGUGAACUUAUGGCGAUUGCCCGCGCGGAAUACUCCAAUCCGCCACGGUUUGGAGCAAGUAUCGUUGAGACUGUCCUUGGGGAUCCUGAUCUCAGAUCUCAGUGGGAAAAUGAUUUGGAUACGAUGAGCUCCCGGAUUCGCAAGAUGAGACGGGAGCUAAGGCAGAGGUUGGAACAGGAGACGGCAGAGGAUUGGUCGCAUAUUGAGACGCAGAUUGGCAUGUUUAGCUAUACAGGACUGGAUGAAGAUCAUGUUCUGAGGUUGAGAGAGGAGUUCCACGUCUAUCUCUUGCCAUCUGGACGGGUCAGCGUUUGUGGGCUGAAUGACGGGAAUGUGCAAUACGUCGCAUACGCCAUCAGCAAAGUCAUCACGACGUAG